UUGUUAAUCACUUGUAUGAUUACAAACUGAACGCAGGAAUCCACACAGUCCUAUUACCAUUGAUUAUUAAUCAUAACUAUAACAAAAUUCUCAAAUCUGAUUGGGUAUCAACUGCCAUGAUUUCAGCACUAAUAGGACAGAGUAAAUGGGACUGUAUGCAUGAUGCCUAAAUAAUAAAUUGGACAGUAUGUGAUAUUGUAUCACACUUGAAUGGUUUUGUUUUUUUAGUGCCAGCAAAAACUCUCAAUAUCUUGUGUUUUAACUUUUAAGAGGCUUAAAAUGUCACAAAAGUUUUUUUGGUUUAAAUGUUUUUAAAAGUAGUAUUCCAAUUCCGUCUGUAAUCAUACUUAUGAUUGAACAAAUUGUACACAAGGGGGUGGGGUGAAGGACAUGCUUGGAAGUGACUAAUCCAUUAUGUAGAUCAAGGGGUGUGCUGGAUAAAAACCUCUGAGAUGUGCUUAAUUCUUCACAUCACAUGAAAGCCAUAUUCAAUAAAUUGUUUGAUUACUAAUUCCAAACCAGCAUUUUAGGUUCUUAAACGUCACAUCCCUUAUCUCCUUGUAGACUUCCUUCAAAACAUUUUUCAUGGCACUGAGUUUCGGAAUGUGAAAGGAUGCCUUUUUUAUUGCAGAUACUCCUCAAAAAGAAGAUGACAGUCAUUGCCCAGUAUUUUGAAUGCAUUCUUUUAUUAAAUAUGUUCUUUUUUAAUCUGUAUUUGAAAUGUAUGGUUCUCACAUACAAUGUUACAUGGAGCCCUGAACUCUCAGUGAAUUGCCAUUUUCUUGAGAUGUUCACCCAUGACAAGACAGCUAAGUUGCCAGUCUACUGUCUCGCUUGAUAUCAAUUCAAAUGAUUGCAUAUUCCAGUGGCGGAUCCAGGGGAGGGGCCCAGGGGGCCUACCCCCUCUUAUUUUUGGACCAAACUGAGGCCCGCGGGACCGAAAAAGUUUUUUUUGAAACUGGGCCCUCCUUUUCUCCCCCCACCCGCCCUCCUUAUCUGAAGGUCAAGAUCCACCGCGGUAUUCCCCAUGGGUUUCAAAGCUGGUUAUGAAGAUUUAGCCACGAGUGCACAGCUGAUGACAAGCAGAGAAAUAUAGUUUGAUUAAAUAAAAUUACUGAAUGAAUUAUGUUAAAAUAAAUUGAUAUACAGUAAAGAGAAGAACAACCUGCAUUUUACCAAGUUAGCCUAAACAGUUUAUUGCAUAAGUGGUAAAUUAGCCCAAAUUUAGGCUUUUUAGGCCGUUAAAUAGGUUCUUAUUGUCUGAAGAAAAAAUAGCAUGGUAGCUAUGACUAUUAGAUUUAGUGGUAUUCAACUUAUUCCUUAUAUAAAGUCUGCAGACCAAAUUAGCAUUUAUGUAAAAAUGACCGUGAGAAGAAGGACUGAAACACUGAUCACAUGAAUUUUGAAGCCCCUCUACCAAAGUCAACAGAAAAUAAGAACCUAUUUCAAGUUUUAGGGUUAACAGGGUUAACAGGUUCUUGACAAAUUUUAGCCCAACAGGUUCUUAAAAACUAGCUUGUUGGUUGUGGGCUUUCCCUGUAUUUUGCACUUUUUGUUAGCUGACUGCAAAGACCAAUUUUUUUGUUUUUGUCUUUGUUUUCAAUUUUAGUUCUCACGGCUGGUUUACAUAUUGACUACAUAUCGCAGCAAAAGCUCAAACAGGAUACGUAGAAUCAUCAUGUUCUUCAGCAGGCUGGUGAUCAGUGCACUCGAUCAAGACUACUAUUCUUAAAAGAGAAAUGUUGCUUGAGUUUAUGUCAUGUGUAAGUGUUUUUUUUUUUUUUUUUUUUUUCCCCGAGGAUUUUUUUAAUCUUUUCGAUUUUCUCAGUGAAAUUAUUGUCAAUAUUGGCUGGCCUCGAUGUCGAGAACCAAACUCCUAAGGCGUAGACCUUUCCCUCUGCCCAAAAGAUAGGUUUACUCGAAGGAAUAACAGCAUUAGUAUUCUUGUGUGAACCUAUCCAGAGGGCUUCAGUUUUCUCAUAGUUUGCUUUCAAACCUGAUACAUUUGCAAAUAUGUCUAGUACGUAUAAUGUUCUCGAAAAAGAGCGUUCUGAGCCAUCUAAGAUCAUUGUUGUGUCAUCUGCAUAUUGGGACAGUUUACAAUCUGAGUUACCCAAUUUGAUACCGCGAAUUUCUGUAUCCCUUCUCACUGCGUUAUCCAAGAUUUCAGCACCUAAGAUAAAUAAAUAGGGCGACAGUGGGCACCCCUGUCUUACUCCACGAUGUAAAGAAAAGAAGUCGGAUGCCCAUCCAUUGUUAAGGACACAGCUACUUAUGUUCGUAUAAAAAAGUUUAACCCAGCUUACCAAGGAUGUUCCAAAGUUAAAGUGUCUUAGUGUUUUCUCUAUAAAAGACCACUCUAUACUAUCGAAGGCUUUUUCAAAAUCUACAAAUAACAAGAGGCCCGGGAUUUGUUCCAUAUUUGUGUGGUUAAUAAUGCUCUCAAUAAGUCUGAUAUUUUCUCCUAUAAAUCUGUUUUUCAAAAAACCGGUUUGAUCAUUAUUUAUUAUGUUCGGCAAAAAUUUCUUCAUGCGGUUUGCUAUGGAUUUAGCUGCAAUCUUGUAGUCGCAAUUGAGAAGAGUUAUAGGUCUCAGUUCUUUAAAAAGGUUAGCCGGUUUGUUCUUUUUUGGUAAAAGAGUAAUUAGACCUCUUCUUUGAGAAAUUGAUAAACAUCGUUUUUCAUAUGCACCAUUUAGUGCAUUAAGUAAGUAGCCUUCAAUGUCUUCCCAGAAAACCUUAUAAAAUUCGGCUGGAAGGCCAUCAGUCCCAGGAGUUUUGUCCGAUGCCAUAGUUUUUAGACUAUUUAGGCAUUCCUCUUUUGUUAAGGGCCCUUCGCAUUCUUCCUGCGCGUGUUGGUCGAGUUUUACCGUAGAUUCUUCGGAGAAGAAAAAAGCGUCGUGAGCAGAGAUAUCAGGCACGCGUGAUGCAUAUAAGUUUUGAUAGAAAGAUUUUGCUUCUGUUAAGAUUUCCUCAUCUGUUUUGAUGACGCUACUGUUCUCAAGCUGAAGUUGCCUUAUGGUUUUGGUAUUAAAAUGCCUUUUUUCCAAGUUUAAGAAGUAUUUCGUGUUUUUUUCUCCUUCGUUAUGCCAGCGGGCUUUGGAUCUUAUCAUGUCUCCUCGAGUUUGACGCUGGACAACGUUUUCUAACUGUAAUUUUUUAACUUCUAAUUCAUUAUAUAUAGUGGUCUUGCUGGUUUCAGAUAAGUCAUUUUCUUCCAGUUUCCUCUGUAGGGACGUUAUGACAGACUCCAGAUUUGUUUCUGUUAACUUCAUUUUGCCUCUCUUAUGUUUUGCGUAUUGUAUCGACUUUGAACGAAUUUGCAUCUUCAUUGUAUCCCAGAGGAGCACGGCAUCAACCUCGGUGUUAUUUUGGUAUUCAUUUGCAACUUCAGUGAUUGUUGUUUUUAUCAAAUUAAUAUAUUCACUGUCUGAUAGAAAAGACGUAUUUAACUUCCAGAAGCCCGGGCCCCUGGGAUUGGUAUUGUUUGCAAGGUGGAGCGUUAUCAAAGAGUGGUCUGUUUUGUACCCUGGUAAAAUAUCAGCUUUUGUAAUUGCCGAACUUAGACUAUUACUCGUCAAGAAAAAGUCUAAGCGACAAUGAAUUUCGGGUUUGCUUCUUCUGCAAGUGAAUCUUCUGAUAUCCGGAUUGGAGACCCGCCAAAUGUCGAUAAGGUCUAGCGAAUUUAUUAUGUUCUGAACUUCCUUCAAAGAAUUUUUGUGAGUGGUCAGUCUUCCUCCCUUCUUAUCAUUUUGGACGUCCAAUACUAGAUUAAAAUCGCCACCCAGGAUAAUGUCCUCGCACUCGAAAGAGAGGAGGUGGCUGAGAACGUUUUUAAAAAAAUUCGGAUUGUCAUCGUUUGGCGCAUAAAUGUUUCCCAAUGUUAUAGUCUUAUUUUCAAGUUUCAAAUCUACUAAAAUAAAUCUUCCAUCUGGAUCAGAAAAUUGUUUCUUGAUUUCGAAUUGAAAAUUGUUGUUAAACAGGAUGCAUACCCCUGCACUUGAGCUAGAAACACUACUUAAAAUAGCUGAGAAGCCCCAUUCUGAUGACCACAGUCGUUCUUUUUCUUUGGUGCCUUGGACUUCUUGAAGAAAGAAUAUUCCAAAUUUUUUCAUUCUAAGCCAACGAAAGGUUUCUCGCCUCUUAAGGUUGUUGGAUAAGCCCCUCACAUUAAGAGAACAGAUUAUCAAUUCGUCAAUUGGGAACUUGUUGAUGAUUAAAAGUAGUGAACUGGAAUGCAGAAACAAAAUGCAAAUUGCGAUAGUUAACACUUCGUAGGACUGAAAAGUAUUUUCUACUGACCGAAAAACCAAAACAACGGCUACACUGAAAACAUAAAACUAUAAACAAAAACAAAAAAAAGGUAAAAUUUAAGCGGCUUAGGGAGAACAUACCUUCAAACAGAAAGAUCGACGAAUCCGGAAAGGACGGAACGCCAAAUAGUUUAACUUUAGAACAAUAUACAAAAAGGAAAGAAUCCGUUGUGUGCAAACGGCGAAGCAAACGUGGAGUACUAGUCUCGGUCUUAAAGGUUGCCAUAGCAAUUAAUGCAAAGGCAACUGAGAAAAAUCGAAUUACACUGACCUGAGUAAAGAAAACUUCUACGAGCGUGUAGAUUCAGCUGCAGGUUUAAGUUCGUCGGGUAUGUUACCAACAUGAUAAACGUUAUCAUUUAUUACUAGAUUUCUGUCCACUACUUUCGCGCUCAUGCCUUUCUUCCGCGCUAUGAACAUCGCUUUAAUUAGUUCCUUUCUUUCAAGCUGUAUCGCCUUUGCAUAGUCUUUAGUUAUAUACGCGUCUGGAUAAUCCGUCGAGUGUCUCAAUCUUCCUUUCGCUUUAAAAACACGGUCCCUAUCUUCCCUGCAGAGAAAACGCGCAAUGAUGGGUCGGGGAUGGUGAGUCCUCAGGCGAACGUGGCUUACCGACUCUGUGGACAGCAUGAAAGUAUAUAUUCUGUGUGUUUAUGUUCAACCCGUUCUCGACGAUAUCAUAAACGGUGUCAGUGCAGUUCUCGUGUUCUUGCUCCGGUAUAUUCAUAAAUCGGAGAUUCUCUCGGCGAGGGUAGUUUUCCAGUGCGAUGAUUUUUUCCUGUUCCUCGGAUAGCUUCGUAUUUAAAAGGUUGAUUUGACUCUCCUGCAGAGCAAUUUUUGCUUUAGCGCUUUGUGAAACACCAUUGUCCUCGAGGUGUUUUUCCAAACUUUCUUUAUGUUUCUUUCGGAAUUCUGCGUGUAUUUUUAGUUCAUCUUGGAGAUCUUUGACUGUGUCCCACGCCGCGUUCAAUGAUGUUUCCAUAUCAUUUACUGUCGAUUUUACUUUCUCAAUUUCUUCGUUGAGUUCAUGUCUAAGACAUGAUAACUCGGAUUUUAGACUGCCGAAGAGGUCUUCCAUUCGAGAUUCCAAGUUACACAACUUAUCCAUAAUGUUGCCGAGUGAGACGUGAUGGUCGUCCUUACCUGGCGUCCCAUCGCGGAGCAAGCGUUUCGGCGAUGGUUGAUACUGUGAAGAAGAUGAACUCGAAGAACGUGUUUCACGUUGAUUCCGUUUAGACAUUGUUUUAAAGAUGAUUAUAUGAUCAGAGGGUGUUUAUAUAGCGGCGUCUGUCCCUUUCCGAAUGAAGGAAUCAGAGAGAGAUUUUUUUGCGACUGUCGGCCAUCAUGCUCUUCCCCAAAAGUUAGGCGUCAUAUGCCACUAGGCACUGCUAGAGCACGGCCCUGUGAAUUCAGUGUACUGAAAAAACCGGAAAACCUUCCGCGCCGCCGAAGGCUCUCGUCUCGCCUCGUCUGUCAUGUGUAAGUGUUACUUUUAUACAAAAAGCAUAUGAAAACAACAGUGUCAGUGAGAUCACACAAUGCCAGGCAGUCCUUAUGCCAUGUUUGCUUACAGUGCAUUAAAGGAAACACUGGGCAAAAAUGCAGUACUAUAGAAACUGCGUUUUAAAAAAAGACAUCGGGAAUAAACCUUUAAAGGCCCCCAUUUCAAAUCACAUUUAUUGCACACUGAUAUGUGACUUGCAGCUUCUCUCAACAAAACUUCAUUGUUUCUUUGACUCAUGGGUGGGGCAUUCGAACACGAGUUUAAUUUCACUGUGGGAUUCUUGCAGUGUUGCGAAGAAAACAUGAGAAUUGCCCAAGAACUGCGCGUGGACAGAGGCGAGGAGCAUGCUUAAAAUUGACUAUGCCAUUACUACAAUUAUCAUUUAUGGACAAAAUUACUCAGCUUAACAAAAGUUUUCAACAUUAACUGGGCUCGUCUGUUGGAAACGAAACAUGCUUCAUGGUUAUCUCAGUGCACCAGUACAGUGUACCAUUAAGUAGUUAUAAAAGACGUUUUAAUCUUCUCUGUAUAUUUUUAGAUAUUUGAUAACUGCGAUAUUUGGAAAUGGCGUCUACUUCACAGACGUGUCAUGGACUUCGCAAAGUGAAAGUCACCAUUCUGGCUUCUGAAUGGGGAUCAAGCAAAGAGGAGCUUUCUACUAUCAACAGAGAGUUAGCCAUACAGUUAGCCAAAUGUCCUGAAGUGGAAAUCACUGUCUUUUUACCACAAUGCAGCCAAAACGACAAAAAGGAAGCCCUUAAAUACAACGUAAAGAUCGUGGAGGCAACACCAAUGCCUGGCUUCGAACAACUGGAUUGGCUUUGCUUUCCUCCAGAAGAUUUGCAAAUCGACAUUGUCGUAGGUCAUGGAGUUAAACUCGGUAAACAAGUACAGGUCUUUAAGAACUCUAGAAAGUGCAAAUGGGUUCAAAUGGUGCACAUAGACCCAGAGGAGCUUUGGAUGUUCAAAAGCUACUCCAACCUAAAUUCAAAGAGCGAAGAAAAGGACAAGACUGAAGUAGAACUGUGUGAAAUGGCGGAUCAGGUUGUCGGAAUUGGACCCAAGUUGAGCGAAGCCUUUCGCUCAUAUCUUCGUGGCUGUCAAAAAGAUGAUAAUGUUGUUAACUUCACUCCUGGAGUACUUGAAGAGUUUGACACUCUGAAGCAGGUUCCUAGCGAAAGACAACAACGCAGUGUCUUGGUGUUUGGACGUGGAGGCGUGGAAGAUUUUGAAUUAAAGGGAUUUGACAUCGCUGGGAGAGCGAUUGCUGCAUUAAAAGAUACUCGUCUUGUUUUUGUUGGAGCUCCGAAGGGAAAACAUGAAGAAAUAACUCAACGGUUAAACAGAUGUGGUGUUCCUUUAAAUCGCUUGAGGGUGAGAGGAUUUGUUGAAAACCGAGAGAAUCUAAAGCGCUUGUUUCAGGAAGUGGAUCUUGCAGUCAUAUCUUCAAGAACAGAAGGCUUUGGGAUGACAGGACUCGAGGCUCUUUCAGCUGGUCUUCCUGUGGUUGUCAGUCACAACUCUGGCUUUGGAGAGGCACUGUGCAGUGUACCCUUUGGUUCGUCAUUUGUGGUUAACUCAGAGGAUCCUGCCGAUUGGAGUGCGGCCAUUCAGAAACUCUGGGACAAAGACAGGAAAAGUCGACUUGAUGAAGUGAAAAAGUUGCGUGAUUCCUAUGGCAGGAAAUACAACUGGGCCGAACAAAUAAAAGAGCUUGUCAACAAGAUGAUCAGCUUAGUUCACGGUAUGAAUGUAAAUUAUCGUUUCCAGCUCAACACAAUGUUUCAUAGCAUAGAAGGAAAAAUAUUAUUGCUCAGUUUCUUGCUCUAAAAUCUUUAAAACGGAUGUCAUCAGUUUAAUGUGGAUUACAGGAAACUGUGAUGUUUGUAUUUUCAGAAAAAAUAGUGAUAUAUUCUAUGGAGAGCGGUUACAAUCAUCUCGCAUGUGCUUUUUUCACAUUUAUUAAUGUAUUCAGUGCAAUAGACUGUUUUCGUCCCUUUCAUUUCAACAGAUGAUUCUUUGAAGGCAUUAAUCUCCUUAGGAAAAAAACGCAAGGCUUCUCAGGGGACAGAAGACAUGACUGAGGACCAUGCAGGUAUCUUCAUAAUGAAUACAUUAGUGAAUAUUGAAAUGUUCUUAAUCAUGUGAAGGUAAUUUUUCUCUCUGAUAUACUUUCACACUCAUUUUCACACCAAUAUUCAUGGUGGUUUACACAUAGAUGUAGUCAGACUGGGGGUUUUGGUCUUCCUGAAGUGUGGGUGGACUCCACUCUUCCUUAAUUUGUUAAAAAAAAUUAACUUUCAGGGUCUGACAUCCUGCGUGGAUGGGGAAAAAGGGAAAAAAGGAAAGAGAGAAAUCCCGGGCAGACGCAUGACCCAAAUUACUUUAAAAGUGUGAUUUUUGCCCGGUUCAGAAGCUGAACUUUUCAUUGGUUGAUCAUAAUUCGAAUUAAGGCUGACCCAAAUUAUUUAGACCGGCUGUAUUGAUUCAGUGGCCGAUCUUAAUUCCAACCAAACUAUACUGAAAAAGAGGAAUUAACCUUCCUAUAAAAUACGUUAUAAUAUUUUCUGCAUUAAAAGGUUCAGGUCAUGAAAAGUUCGGCAUCUGAACUGGGCCUAAGCAUUGACAAAUCUGUGGAAGAUGCCAGGGCCCAACAUAUUUUUCAGGCAAUCUGAAGAAGUGUGAGGGAAAAAGAAAAAUAAUUUCCCAGGCUGUUGCAUCUAAUAUCUUGUUUGAAACAAGCUAGAUAACCUUAUACAGGUUUAUCAGUCUAUAGCGAUGCUGCUCAAACAAAGAGUGGUAAAAGGGAAAUGGAAAAUGUGAAUUGAGACAUUUCCUAUUUAUCUUGCAAUUUAAAAAAAAAUGCUGAUUGUGACAUCAAACAGAGAAUGGUGAAAGGGAAAUGGGAAAUAUGAGUAAACAGAAUUGGGACAUUUCUUAUUAAGGUUGAAAUUUUAACAUAAAAGCUGUUUGUGACACCACAAACAAUGAGAACAAAAAUUGUGAACAGGCAAUUUUUUUGUUUUUGCAACUUUGUUCAUAUCUGAGACAAAAGAAACUUGUUGUAUAACCAGAAAUGUAUAGAAACUGACUGAAUUACCUUUUCCUAAUCUGGUGCGCUCUAAAAAUAUGCGACUGGCAUAUAUGUCCAGUACUACGCCAAUCUUCAGGUUGCAUAUGAUUGUUUUGAAUACUCCAAAAAAAUCCCUACUUAAAUCAAGGCAAAAUACUUGCCACAUUUUCCUACACCCAAAAAUCCUGGAUUGGAAAAUUAAAAAGCCAAAAAUUUCCUUUGAUCGUCCCCAUCACUUUAACUCCGCAGUACCCCUCUGGGCUAAAAGCUCUCUAAUAGCGCAGAUGUAAGAGUGGGGCAUUUAUUUAAAAUUCAUCAGUGUUAGCCAGCAUACUGUUUAAAGUAUUUCUGUACAUGUAGUUGUGUUUGUCUGUGCAGGCAAUAUCCAAUAUAUUUGUUUCUGGGUUUCAAAUUAGUUGUUGAGAUUUUUCUCCCAGUGGAAAGUGUUUCGUCCAUGAAGACCGUUCCAGCUGAUUCAAAAGACUUUGAUUCUAAAGCUGAAUAUAAAGAUAAGGAUGGUCAGGAGCUUCAAGCUUCUGCAAAAAUGGAUGCAUUAAGACCAUUAAGUUAUUGUUGUCUGAAGGAUUUGACAUUGAUUCAAGGGACAGGAAUGGUGCCACUCCAUUAAUGUGGACAGCUCUUUAUGGCCAACAAGGUGCUUUAAAAGUGAACGGUGGAUUCAGUCUGGUCCACUGAGCUGUAAAAGUUGGAAAAUACAUCCAUUAUCAACGAGCCGUUGUCACGUGAUCUUGACGCUGAUUCAAGGAGCAAUGAUGACUUUACUCCACUGAUGACUGUAGCUAUUGGAGACAGAAAGUGCUUUUGAGAUGAUGAUACAAAGCGGUGCUGAUCCAUCUUUGGAAGACAACAAAGAGUUCAGUGGGCUCCACUCUGCUGCAGAAAGUGGAAAUACAUCCAUUAUCAACAAGCUGUUAUCACUUGGUCUUGUUGUUGAUUCAAGAGACGAUAUUGGUGUCACUUCACUGAUGACUGUAGCUAUUGGAGAGAACGAAAGUGCUUUUGAGACGUACGCGUUGAUACAAAACGGUGCUGAUCCAUCUUUGAAAGACAACAAAGAGUUCAGUGUGCUCCACUCUGCUGCAGAAGGUGGAAAGGCGUCCAUUAUUAACGAGCUCUUUCUACCUGGUCUUAAUGUUGAUUCAAGGAACAAUGAUGGCGUCAUCACUGAUGACUGCCGCUGAUUAUGACAAAAAAAAUGCUUUUGAGAUACUGAUACCAAAAGGCGCUGAUCCAUCUCUGAAAGCGUAAGGUGGGCUCAGUCUGCUCCACUUUGCUGCUGAAAGUGAAAGAUUAGACAAGUCAAUUCUUUGAACGCUUUUAAAGCACUUUUAAGCGUACAUAAAUUUGUGUAUUUUUCAUAUUCUUUGUAUCUCUAUCACCAUGGGACUUCAAGAGUUUGGUGCUAUAAACAUUUUUCCUACUAUACCCUUACGGUAACAAAAUAUUGUAAUGAGUAUUUUGAUAGCAUAAUAAAUUGUUCUUGUAUUGGUAUUCCUUAUUUUUUUUAAUGUACCGUACAGGGUCCGCGCAGGGUGAGGGUGCCCCCUUUUUUGAGUGGACGAUAUAGAGAAAAUCUAAUACCUAAUUGUAACUGAACAGAUGCAACAGACCUCAUUCAGUGGUAUUUGUUUCAAUGUAUUGUCUCAGUGUCAGAAAUGAAAACUGCUUGCCCACAUGAUAACAUCUAGUUCCCUAAGUAUGACAAGUAGACAAUAAAUUUACGAGAACAAAAUAGUCAAGUGAAUAAUGUCUACUGUACCUGACACAGUAGAAGUUUGUUAUAGCAGGACCUAAGCCUGUUAAAUUUGGCCAGUCGGAUUUCGUUCUUACUAAACAUCCAGCACGACUGAUACUCUGACGGUCAGAGGGAGUUGAGCGAACGUCUUCGGACUGUCUUGGAUUGGUUGAUAGGGACUGGACUGAAACAAAAAAAUUGGCUUUAUCAGCUGCGUUGAGGAAAUGAAUUUACCAUCGUUAAAACCGCUCGAAAGGUCGGCUUUUGGUUUUUUUUACGGUGGUAAAAUCACUUUAUCACAUCAGUUGAUAAAACAAAAAUGUUGCAUCUGGGGAUCAGGGUCACUGUGGACACAACGAACCGAUGAUCAAGUUUUAAAGGAGCUGCAUCAGAACUUUUUGGUCUUGGUUUAAUUAUAUCCAGGUGCCUUGAGAAAAAAUAGUGAAAUAUUCUAUGGAGAGUGGAGAGCGGUUACACCUACUCACAUAUGCUUUUUUUCACUUUUGUUUCAUACAUUCAUAUUCAGUGCAAUAGACUGUUUCGUCUGUUUCAUUUCAACAGAUGAUUCUUUGAACUCAUUGAGCUCCUUAGGAAAAAAACGCAAGGUUUCCCAGAGGACUGUCGACAUGACUGAGAACUGUGCAGGUAUGUUCAUAAUGAUUAGUAUGUGUAAUCAAAUGGUGACGAGUGAAAUUAGGGAAUAAUUUCACUCGCGUUUUGUCCAAAUCCUUAUAAUUUCCCGAGCCUUCAGGCGAGGGAAAUUAUUAGGAUUUGGACAAAAUGCCAAUGCCAAGUAUACCAUUUGAUUACCUAUUAAUAUCAUGGGUGACGAAUUACGUUAGCAAUCUUGGAUUUUUGACAUGUUUAUCCUGGAUCAUAUCGAUUAGUGGAGAACUCUACUCUCUUUAACGUUUAGACCUUAAAUUUGGCUUGUAAACUUCAGAAUUUUUCAGACUUUUUCGGCAAAAUACCUGUUAGAGUCCUUCUUGAUGUUCUCUUGUGUGUUCAGGUUUUCUAAAACGUCUUUUUGUGCCCUGACAUCUUCAUUCACAGCAUUUUAAAACUUCUUCGCCAUCUUGACACUGAGACGUACGGAAGGUUGCUAUGACAAUUUUGUAAUUUCACAUGUGAAAUUACAAAUUAGUAUAGGUAAUAGCAUGAUUUGUAGUGAUAUUUGGCAUAAAUACCACGAGUGAUAUUUCAAAAUUGUUAUACGUAAUUUUACGAGCCGUUAGGCGAGUGAAAUUUGAGACAAUUUUGAAAUAUCACGACUGGUAUUUAUGCCAAAUGUCACCUACAAAUCGUGCUAUUAAUUGUUUAUACUACUACCCGCAAGGUUUGUAAUUUUCACAUGUAGGUAUUUCAAAUUAAGCUGAAAUACCACUGCUCUAAGCUAAUCAAAUUGCAGAAAUUUCUCAUGUAGUAGUAUAAUCGCUGAAAUUUCGCGCCAAAAUUAAGGAGUAAUUCGUCACCUAUGAUAUUAAUGAAGGUAAUUUUUCUCUCUGAUGUAAUUUCACACUCAUACACACACAUAUAUUCGUGGAGGUUUACACAUAAACGUAUUCAGAGUGGGGCUUUUGGCCUUCCUGAACUAUUGAUAGACUCCACUCUUCCUUAAUUUGUUUAAAAAAAACUUUCAGGGUCUGGCAUCCUGCAAGGGUGAGGAAAAAGGGAAAAAGGAAAGAGAGAAAUCCGGCGAAGACGUGUGGCCCAAACUACUUUAAAAGUGUGAUUUUCCCCUUCCCCUUAACUUUUGAAGCUUGCCUCGUAGCCGCACGGGUUUAUAGCUCGUCCGAAAAUAUUUAAGGCCCGGUGCAGACGCCGAGCGUUUCAUGAGCUGAUCCUAAUUCGAAUUUUUUUAAAGGCUGACCCAAAUUAUGUAGACCGGCUGUAUUGAUUCAGACGCCGAUCUUAAUUCCAGCCGAACUAAAUUGAAAAGGAGGACAGAUGCAGGCAGAGUUUUAAAAACUGCUUGCAAAAUACGUUCAUAAUAUUUGAUACAUUAGGUUCGUCUCAUGAAAAGUUCGGCGUCUGAACCGGGCCCAACCAUUAACGAAUCUAUGGAAGAUGUCUGGGCCCCCACCAUAUUUUUCGGCCAAUCUGAAGUGUGCGGGUGGGUGAAAAAUUAUUUUCCAGGCAAUUGCAUCUAAUAUCUUGUUUGAAAUAAGAUAGCCAUUUAAGAAUUUUACGCUUAUACAGUGUUCAUCAGUCUAUAGGGAUGCUACUCAAACAAACAAUGGUAAAAUGGGAGUGGGAAAUGUGAAUUGAGACAAAUCUUUUACUUAACUUGCAAUUUAAAAAAAAUUAAGGAACAUCUACAGAGAAUGGUGAAAGGGGAACGGGAAAUGUGAGUAAACAGAACUGGGACUUUUCUUAUUCAGCUUGCAAUUUUAAAAUAAAAGCUGUUUGUGACAUUACCUUCCGUGCCCUCAGCUGUGAACUUAACAAUUCAGAUGUUACUUUCUGAGUAACUCUCCUUGUAUAAUCCUCUAUUAGCUAUGAUUUAUUGAGGUUGUAAAUUUGUGAACUAAAGAAUGCAACGGUUUAUCUAAUGAUUCAUCUGAUAUUUUGCAUAGAAAGUCUUCCUAUGCAACGUAGUCACGAAAUUUGGUUCGAGAACAAAAAAUAUGAAUAGGCAUCGGUUUGUGACCUUUCACAACAGGGGUUUUCCCUUCCUCUUAGGCCCUUUACGCACUACGACGAAAAUAGAGUUUGGCGUUUACAAAAAAUUUGAAAAUGUUUUAGUCACCAAUUUUUUUUUUGUUUUUGCGACCUUGUUCACAUCUGAGAUAAACGAAAUUUUUCGUAUAACCAGAAACGUAUGGAAAUUGACUGAAUUUACGUUUUCCUCAUCUGGUGCCCUCUAGAUAUACGUGACUGGUAUAUAAGCGCAGUACUACACCACUCUUCAGAUUGCGUAUGACUGUUUUGAAUACUCCAAAAAAUCCUACUUAAGGUUACUUAAAUCAAGGCAAAUAACUUGCCACAUUUUCCUCAACUCUAGAGUACCUCCCUAGGCUAAAAGCUCUCUCUGAGCGCAGUUGUAAACUAAAGGGUGGGGCAUUUAUUUACAAUCCAUCAAUGUUGUCAAUGUUUAAAGCAUUUCAGCAGUUGUGUUUGGCCGUCCGUGCAGGCCUCUCUAUACUGGGUGGGGGCAGGGGUGGGGCGGGUAAGCACAUCUUUGUUCUUCUUUAUUUUAAGCUGCUCUCGAGACCAUCUGUGAAAAAUUAUUUUAUUAUAAAUUUCAAGCAUUUUUAUUAUAAUUUUCAAACAUCCAUGAUUGAGCAUAGAAAUGUUUCAGUUUUAAUUUGUCAUUUUCCUAUUCCCUAGCCUCAAUCCCUGCUGCCAUUUUAGCUAUAUCUCAUGUAUUUGUUUCUGGGUUUCAAAUUAAUUGUUGAGAUUUUUCUCCUAGGGGAAAGUGACUCGUCCAUUCUCAAUGAGUCCGUUCCAGCUGACUCAGGAGACUUUGAUUCUAAAACUGAAUACAAAGGUAAGGAUGGUCAGGAGCUUCAUGCCGCUGCAAAAACUGGAUGCAUUGAGAUCAUUAAGAUACUGCUGUCUCAAGGAUUUGACAUUGAUUCAAAGGACAGGAAUGGUGACACUCCAUUGAUGUGGACAGCUCUUUAUGACCAACAAGGUGCUUUUCAGAUGUUGCUACAAAAGGGUGCUGAUGCAUCUCUGAAAGACAACGGUGGGUUCAGUCUGCUCCACACGGCUGCACGAGGUGGAAAUCCAUCCAUUAUCAACGAGCUGUUAUCACUUGGUCUUGACAUUGAUUUAAGGAGUAAUGAUGGCUUUACUCCACUGAUGAUUGCAGCGUGUUGUGACAAACAAAAUGCUUUUCAGAUUCUGAUACAAAAGGGUGCUGAUCCAUCUUUGAAAACAAACGGUGGGUUCAGUCUGCUCCACUUUGCUGCAAAAGGUGGAAAUACAUCCAUUAUCAACGAGCUGUUAUCACUUGGUCUUGACAUUGAUUCAAGGAGUAAUGGUGGCGUUACUCCACUGAUGAUUGCAGCGCGUUGUGACAAACAAAAUGCUUUUCAGAUUCUGAUACAAAAAGGCGCUGAUCCAUCUUUGAAAAACAACGGUGGGUACAGUCUGCUCCACAAGGCUGCACAAGGUGGAAAUCCAUCCAUUAUCAACGAGCUGUUAUCACUUGGUCUUGACGUUGAUUCAAGGAGUAAUGAUAGCGUUACUCCACUGAUGGCUGCAUCUAUUUGUGACAAACAAAAUGCUUUUCAGACUCUGAUACAAAAGAGUGCUGAUCCAUCUUUGAAAGACAACGGUGGGAACAGUCUACUCCACAAGGCUGCACAAGGUGGAAAUACAUCCAUUAUCAACGAGCUGUUAUCACUUGGUCUUGACAUUGAUUCAAGGAGUAAUGGUGGCGUUACUCCACUGAUGAUUGCAGCUAUUUGUGACAAACAAGGUGCUUUUCAGAUUCUGAUACAAAAGGGUGCUGAUCCAUCUUUGAAAGACAACAAGGGGUUCAGUGUGUUCCACUCUGCUGCAACAGCUGGAAAUACAUCCAUUAUCAACGAGCUGUUAUCACUUGGUCUUGACAUUGAUUCAAGGAAUAAUGAUGGCGCUACUCCACUGAUGUCUGCAGCUUUUUGUGACAAACAAAGUGCUUUUCAGAUUCUGAUACAAAUGGGUGCUGAUCCAUCUUUGAAAAACAACAGUGGGCUCAGUCUGCUCCACUUCGCUGCACAAGGUGGAAACACAUCCAUCAUCAACGAGCUGUUGUCCCUUGGUCUUGAUGUCCAUUUAAAAGAUGUCUACGGUUUAACUGCUCUGGCUAGAGCAAUAGAGAAGAGUAAUUCUGACGCAGUAAAAUUUUUGAUUUCUAAAGGAGCACUUAAAUAA